AUGGCGACCCCUCCCACCCCCUCGGGCCAGCAGCUGGCCCAGUACUUCGGCGACGUCAAGGGCAAGGGCCUCAUUCCCUUGGAGGCCCUGGCGAGGGCCAACGUGUCCGAGAAGGACAGUCGGGUCCUCGGACUUGUCCGAAAGGCCAGCAUCUUCCUCAACUACGCCAAGAGAUGCGAGCUUGCCUUUCCCGCCGCCGUCCCGCGGGACCUCUUCAACGCCAAGUACCCUCUCAAGAGUUGCUUGGUCAAGAUCUUCAGCCCGGCUAGCCCGUCCGUCAAGAAGAAGUACUUCAGCGAGAAGAUGAAGACUCGCGCCAAGGAACUCCACGAGUGGGCCGACAGAGUCGAGGACUCGGUGCGCAUCGCCCACAAGGCCGCCCAAGAGGCCAAGGCUGCGAAGCCCGUCACCAACAAGGCCGCCAACGGCGAGACCAUCCCCCCACCUGCCGACCACGAGAUCUGGGGACGCGGCGGAAUCAUGCAUGGCCUCGCUCUUCGACCCACCGACCGUUUCACCGUGGCCCUGAACCCGGUGUACACGGAAGAGAAGCGUCCUGCCAACGUCUACGGACACAACGGCCUCACCGUCGGCGAUUGGUUCCCGAACCAGCUCUCCGCCCUCUUCAACGGAGCCCACGGCAGCUCUAAUGCUGGCAUCUACUUUCAAAAGGAUGAAGGUGCCUUCUCUGUCAUCGUGGCCGGCGCCUACCAGGACCUCGACGUCGACAAAGGCGAAAUCAUCUUCUACUCCGGCUCCAACUCCCACCUGAACGACGAUAGCGAGAGCAUCCUUCCCAGCACCGAGGCGAACAAGAGCCUCGCCGAGAACAAUGUCUGCAGUAACCCCGUUCGCGUUCUCCGAAAGGCGCACAAGGGAUCCAGAUGGGCCCCCUCCCACGGCUACCGCUACGACGGCCUCUACGAGGUGUACGAGAAACGUCUGCCGAAGAACACCAAGAACGGCACUUUCGAGCAAUACCACCUCGUGCGCUUGCCUGGCCAGACCCCGCUCCGAGACCUCAGAAGCAACCCGAGUGCGAAGCAGAUCAGUGAUCUCGCCAAGUCCAGGGACCGUUACUGA